GUCUUCUUCUUUAGGGUUUCUUACUCGCAUUUUCCCUCUCUACAUUUUUCUAGAUCUUUGACUGCUUUACAUUCAUCUUACAGCAGCAGACCUACAAAAGUCUGGACUGAAUAUAGAUUAGAUUCAAAUGUACAGUUUAGCUUUUGAUCUUUGAACGGAUUAGUUUGAAACCUCAGUGUUUUACCUGCCGAUUUGUGUAUUUCGAAGAAGUUUCUUUGCUUUUCUUUCUACAUUUGAGCUUAAAUCAAUUGUUAAGCAAGGUUUUGAAGGCAGAGAAUUGAAAAAUCGGAUGAACGCUGUAACCUAAGGAAAAUUCUAGGAGUCAGUUGAUAUUUCGCUCACUCCGGUGAAUGUUUUUGUUGUUGUUUUCUUGAUGCUGCUUUGCUGAGGUGGAGUCAAAUAGACUUAGUGAUGGCCGUCAAGGAUUCAGCUGUGGAAGCUGCAAAGAUCGCGAUUCAAUCGAUUGGACGUGGAUAUGAUAUUUCAUCUGAUUUAAGGAUUAAGUUUUGCACAGGUGAUUCAGCUAAGCCACUUCUGGUUCAGAUUUGUGAAGAACAGAGCCGUGAAAUUGUACUUCCGGGAGGAAUUCGGAUACCAAACGUUUCCAAGUGGAUAAAAUGCGAUAAAGGAGAAAGAACACGGUUUAGGUCUGAUGUUCUCUCAUUCCAGCAGAUGUCAGAGCAAUUCAAUCAGGAAUUAUCAUUAACCGGGAAAAUUCCUUCAGGCCUUUUCAACACUAUGUUCCAGUUUUCAGGUUGUUGGCAGCAAGAUGCAGCCAACACCAAAACCCUUGCUUUUGAUGGCGUGUUCAUAACACUUUACACAGUUGCAUUAGAAAAAACUCAGAUGAACUUGUGUGACCGUGUAAAGAAUGCUGUUCCAUCAACCUGGGAUCCUCUUGCAUUAGCUAGGUUUAUCCAGAAUUUUGGUACACACGUCAUAGUUGGAAUGAAGAUGGGAGGAAGGGAUGUAAUAUACAUGAAGCAGCAGCAUUCAUCUUCUCUUCAACCGGCUGAUGUUCAGAAAAGAUUGAAGAUACUAGCAGAUAAGAGAUUUGCUGGAACAGAUGGACAAGAUAGCGUGGAAUCCGAACAGAUUUAUCAGAAUGGCAAGACUGAAGGUCGCGAGCAGCGUCUAAGAUUUGCUGAAUCUAGUUCAUCAAAUUCCUAUUCGCAGAAAGAGGUAGAUAUUGUAAGCAUCUGCAAGAGGAGAGGCGGUAAUGAUAAUAGAAAUCCGAAACACAGUACGUGGUUGCAUUCGGUCCAAUCUGAACCUGAUGUGAUUUCUAUGUCAUUUAUCCCCAUCACUUCUUUGUUGAAUGGUGUACCUGGGAGUGGGUUCUUAAGCCAUGCCAUAAAUCUAUAUCUACGAUAUAAACCGCCAAUUGAAGAACUUCAUCAAUUUUUAGAAUUUCAGCUCCCUAGACAAUGGGCUCCUAUCUUCAGUGAUCUUCCACUUGGACCACAAAGGAAGCAACAAAGUACAACAUCUUUACAGUUCAGCUUCAUGGGUCCCAAGCUUUAUGUCAAUACAAUGCCGGUCGAUGUAGGGAAGAGACCUGUAACUGGCUUACGACUGUACCUAGAAGGUAAAAGAAGCAACCGAUUAGCCAUCCACUUGCAACAUCUUUCCACCCUUCCAAAAGUCUUCAAACUCGAAAACGAUCCUUCUGGAAAUUUCCAUCACGAAUCUUACGACCACAGAUAUUACGAAAAAGUACAAUGGAAAAACUUCUCUCACGUCUGCACCGCCCCAGUAGAAUCCGACAAUGAUCUCUCCAUCGUAACCGCGGCUCAUUUCCAAGUGAGCGAUUACGGAAUGAAAAAAAUCCUCUUCUUAAGACUCGGUUACUCAACCGUAAAUGGAGUAACAUGUGUCAAGGCUGCACAAUGGGACGGUUCACCAGGUUUGGCUCGUAAAUCGGGUCUCAUUUCUACGCUAAUUAGUCAGCGUUUUACCACAACAUUUACCAAACCGCCCCCACAACCAGCCGAGGUAAAUAUAAACUCCGCAGUUUAUCCUGGCGGGCCACCCGUACCGAACCAAGCUCCGAAGCUACUUAGGUUUGUUGAUACGACGGAGAUGAUGAGGGGACCACAAGAUAGCCCGGGGUAUUGGGUUGUAUCCGGGGCGAGACUUGUGGUUGAGAAGGGGAGGAUUUCGAUUAAGGUUAAAUAUUCUUUGUUGACUUUUGUACCCGAGGAUGAUGAUGAUGAUUUUGACCAUGAUCUUUAAGAAAAGAAAAGAAAGAGUUUUUGCAUUUUGUAUCGACGAGGUGCAAGAGAAAUGGACAUAGUAGUUGUUUGUUUGUUGUAUCAUUGUUGUUGUGCCCAUCAUUUGUAAUUGUGUGUUUUUAGUUUAUGAUGGCAUGUGUGUUUCAUUAUUUGUUUUUGUAAUGUGGUUUAUUCCUUAAUUAUU